AGUAUUUGCAUUACCUGCAUCGCCAGCCAUGCGAAUUAUAUGUUUUGAGUGCAAUUCGUCGCAGUUUUAAGCGGAUCCUAGAAAAAUUAUGUGAUUCUUAUUGUGCUGUGAAUAAAUUUCGGGAAGCAACUGCAGGAAAAGCUCUAUCGCGUGUCGUACGCGUAGAGAGAGAUAACGAUUCUCCGUUAAGAGAAGCAAGUAAAAAUGGAGGGCGAUCGAUUAACCGGCCCAGAUAAAAAGGAAGAUGAGAAUGUUGAGGCUAAAUCUAAGGAAAUUCUGGGCUUAACCACCACAGCAGCUCUGGACACAUUACAUCGUGAUGUCAAACGUGUUCUGCAGGAGUAUCAAGAGGAUUACAGGAGAAAUAAGAAGUACAGAGCUUGGUUGAAGGACACUUUACAUCAUCGCAGCCAAUACACGACGCUUUGCUGGACCUCGGCGAUCGCUCUAUUAAUUAAUGCAGUUAUCCUUAUUGUCACAUUCUUCGUACUCAAUGAAACAUGGUAUUCUACACUGCCCUAUGAUGGACUGAUAAUCUGUUGUUUAGUAGUAUUGAAUUUUAUUUUAGUGGUGUCGGAUAACAGAUUACGACACAAGGAGAUUCCUCAUAGAGUAAAGAUUCUUCUCGACCAACUCGACGUUGCGCGUGCAACGUGUCGAUGGAAACCGAAGAACUAUCCGCAAUUAUGCGGUCCGCAAUCUCCCUGCUUGACUCUGCAAUGGACAUAUCGUGACGGCGAAAUAGUCAAUUUGCCGUGGGCGCUGCUGGUGGCCGGUGACAUAAUCGUGAUGAAGCCCGGCCAGCAAGCGCCCGGAUAUUGCGUGCCGUAUGAUGAUCCGGAAGCGCCGGUUCUGCACGCCAGAGAGGCUUACACUCCGCAGGUGCACAGCGCCACCGACAUCUUCUCCACGCCGCAGGCACGCGUGCCCCUGAAGAACAAGAUCUACAAGCUCCAGGAGACGCCGUACUUGAUGAACCUGCGAAUGGCGUUGGACCAGGCGCUCGACCGGCCGGUCACCUAUCACAAUCGCAAGCGGCACCUGCUGAUGAUCUGCUGCAUCGAGCAUCUGGCUUAUCCGAUACUCCUGAUCGUCGUUCUUGUGGUCAAUCUACUUCGCUACUUGUAUCUGGCGGAUUACUUCAGUACCGGUCACUGGAGCGAGAUGUUCCUGCUGCAGCCGAUCGCUGUGAGCCUCCCGUUGCUGCCGCUGGUGUUCCCCGUCUGCUGGAUAUUUCUCAAUUGCUUCGGCAUGGCUCGCUUCAAGGCGUUGUUCAAGCUUUACUUAUCUGCGAAGAAGCUACAGUUUGUAGAUCCUUUCGAGGACGCGGAUAUCAGUGGUCCCAGUCAUCCGGAUGUAGUGUACAACUGGCUUGAACUCAAGGAUUAUUUUUUCGACAUUCUUUCUGGCAAAGAACACAUGAUGUCGAGAUCUGCAAGCAUUCUGCACGUUUUGGGUUCUGUCACUGCAUUGUGCUGCGUCGACAAGAAGGGAAUUCUCUCGUGGCCUAAUCCUACAGCGGAGAAAGUGUUCUUCCUGCGUAACGCUAAUAACACCUUGUCGCCGAGUUCCAGCACCGGCAGCGUGGACAAAACAGCUGACAAGAACCCGGAGUCGGAAAAGUCGAAGGCGAACUCCAACAGAACGUCCUACGUGCAACAUGAUAUGUCGCACUCCACUGCCGAAGUGUUGGAUCUCACUCACGAUCAUGCGCUGCCGUUCCGGCUGCAAUUCGACGAUCACUCGUGGCGGCAACACCUCAACUCUCUCAAGCCGCUCGGUCUGACGAUCCUUCUCAAUACAUGCAACAUGGAGACGCAGGAGCACUACAUGCAGUUCUGCUGUCACGUCACCUGCGAGGCACUCUACAACGAGAAUCUGGUCCCGGUAACAAACAGACGAUGUUUGUGCGAAUUGGCGAAGCAGAUCGGCUUUCAGGAUCAGGCGCAGAAGAUCUUUCAAUUGGAGCAGCAGUUAUCUACAUUUAGACAUGUUCAACCGGAAAUGGUCAGGCGGGACAUAAAGUUCGCGCGGUCGCUGAGCAUCGCGACCAAGUUGAAGUUCCCGUUUCCUCACAUGGUGGCCGUGGUCGUCAAGGAGCGCAGCGGCGGCGGUCUGCAACUAUUAACGCAGGGAACGGCCGACAUAAUCCUGGAUUCGUGCAUCGAGUACUGGGACGGUCACGAUCUUUGUCCUCUUUCCGCAUCGGACAGGAAAAAGGUUCAAGACUUCUAUCAGAGAACGAGCCUGACUUCGUACUGCACCGCGUUCGCGUAUCGACCAUUGACACGCGCCAUCAGGGACAAGAUGUCCGAGAUAUAUCUGGAGCUUCCGGCGGACAGCAAGCAUCUGUACACGCCGCACAGGAGCCCGACCCCCUUGCCCUGGGACUUCAGAAACGUUCUUGAUCCCAGAGUGCGAGGGAUACUCGGACAGUUUCAUUCGACAGAUUCUUUAUUGUGCAAUGAUAAUAAAGACGACGACGUCAGCGAUGUCGAAGGCUGUUUUGAAGUUCAGUGCAAUCAAGUUUUCAUCGGGAUGGUCACCAUGCAAUACCAGGCGCAAACGGAUAUGGUACAGUUGAUCGAACAGCUGGACAGAGCGUGCAUAAGGUUCGUUCACUUCAGCAAGGAGAACGAGCUGCGCUCGCGCGUCUUCUCGGAGAAGAUGGGCCUGGAGAGCGGCUGGAACUGCCACAUCUCGCUGCUCAGCGAGGGUGCCAGGUCCGAGAGUCCAGUGGGUUGGUGGGUGAGCCAGGCGGCAGCCAUGUCCUCACCCACUCCCUCACCCACGGCCCAAUCUCAUCAGCCUAAUUACUACUCCUGCAUGGACGAGGCCAGCCACUUGCUUAAUCGUGUCUUACCUCGCACCAAUUUGAACAACAGCCGGGCGAUGAGCAUGUCGGCGCCCAGCGCCAUCAACACGGACUUCGCGACGGUGAAGUUUGACGACGAGACCACCGAAUGGAACAACACCGUCGGGACUUCCCAGGCCAAGAGCGCCAUGAGUCACAGAGAGCAGGAUACGGUAAGGAGCGAGGAUAGCGUCCUGGUGCAAAGCGUCGAUCUCGGAUCGGGUCAGGAAGCCUGGAGGUCCUUGAGCUGCCUCACCGAUAGCACCGAGCAAAGUGCGCCGGUCAACUUCGACUUAUCAAAUAGGGCCAAAUUGCCAAGAGGAAUAGACAAGAUACGCCCGCAUAUCGAACUCAUAGACAACGUCCCGCUACUCGUGUCGCUGUUCACCGACUGCAACACCACGGUGACUCGGGAGAUGCUGCACAUCAUGCAGGACUACGGCGAAGUGGUGUGCGUGCUCGGCUCGUCCGCCAACGCUGAGAAUAUGCCGAUCUUCAUGCAGGCCGACGCCGGAGUCGCGGUGGAACCGCUUUACCCACAAGUAUGCCAGAAAAUGCCGGUAUUGGUGCCCACCACGGAGGAUCAAGGCAUCUCUCCCGUCGAUCUCAGCCGUGCGCUGAACUCCGUCGCGUGCUCGUUGAGCGUGAAACGUGAGGAUCCUGUGGCGAUCUUCCGUCUUAUCAUGGAGGCUCGUCAUUACAUGAAUAGUCUAUCGAACACCAUGCAAUUCUGGCUGUGCUGCUCAGCUACGGUCGCGUUCACGAGCCUAUUGCCGGCAUUCUUAAUGCUGCCGCCGCUGUUCUCCAUCGAGCAGGCGCUCUGGCUGGCGUGCUUGAUAAUUCCCACGCUAUCGGUGCCUCUGACCGUCACGCCGAUAGACCCGACGAUAAUGCAACGCGCGACCGGAAAAAAUCUGUGCACAGUCAACGGAGAGGUCGCGUUGUUCGUUCUGUGGUGCUACGGCGGCAAGUUCCUGCCGACGGUGAUCACGGUGAUCCUAUCGUAUUUCGUCUCGUUUCUAACGCUUUGCCCUUUCUACGCACCAAACUCCAAGUGCCUGUACAUAUAUCCGGAAAUGAAGAACACAUCUUGGGGCGGCUGGGACAACAAGCCAAUUGUCUUCCUGGUCGUGCAGCAUUUCGCUCUCACCCUUCUGGUUCUGCAUCUUGUUACGAUAUCUGCCGGUUUUGUGCACAGAGAAUACUCGAUAUGGAGGAAAAAUCCUAUGACGAAUUGCACCUGGUGCAUCGCCGUAUUUAUCGUACUGUGCGUGCAAGCGGCAUUCUCCGGCAUGGCGUUCCGCAGAUUUUGGAUAGAAGAGGGCAAGAAAAUCGACAACUUUCCGAUGCACGUGCCGCUGUUCUUUCUGCUCUCCGUGCCGCUGACUUUCAUCAUUAACGAGCUGAUAAAAUGGCAAGAGAUUAAAGUGAACGUUAGAUACCAAAAGAGGGCACGUCUGGAAUUCGGCACGAAACUGGGAAUGAACUCGCCGUUUUAAUUUAGCUCGCAGCACUCGUUUUUCGACGUCUUCAAAGUAUCAAAUGUGUUUUGUGAAAACAAAAAUACGGGUAUAUACGUUAAGUGUUACAUUAUUAAGUAUUGACGUACUGACUAUAAUCGAUUCAGUUGCUGCAAGAGCUUGAAAAGGAAAAGGAGAGUUCGAAGGAGUUUUAAGGGAAAGAAACUCGUGCCAGUUACAGCGCCAAAUAUUGCCAAACAAUAGAUUCCGGACGGAACGCCGGUAUUUUUCUAUAGCCACGCGCGUAUUUACAUUUUACGAUGGACGGACAGAGUCAUCGAUCACGAGCUUAAACAUUCGCUGUGUGUGAAAAUCUUCACGCGAUACACAUUUCGCGAAACCGUUUCACUCGUGCGACGCGGUUUCCUCGACAGCGAGUCAUUCACAUACAAGAAUCGUCGGGCCGCAUUAUUUUUCUCGCUCCCGAUUCUGUCACAAUUCAAGAUGUCCGAUUGAGAUAUCGUCGAUUCUUAACGUUCAGACACAAAUAAUUUUGCAAUUAUUGUUGAAAAUUGUUUCGUAGAUUUUUUUUUUUAAUUCUAAACAGCAAUGCGAGUAAGUACCUGAUGAGUCCGGGACAUCUUGUAUUCGACGUUUAGUGCUAUCUAGAAUACUUGUACAUAAAGAUGUUCCUAUCGAUAGAGCGAUUUGUUUGCGCCGGUUAGAGAUUUAGCGGGAAUUUUAGCGCGAAUUAAACGUAUUCUGCGAGAUCGUGUCUAUAUGUCUGCACUGGUGCACCCGUUGAAAUUCGUGCCCUAUCAAGCAGGAGUCUCGCCGAGUCUUACUUUGGUUGUGAAAAAUAGCGCUCAGUCUUAGACGAUUUCCCCACCGACGAAGUGGAGUACGACGAUUUUCGGUAUUUUCCGAAAAUACGAUUUUAAACGGUAUUCCGCUCUCGAGUAGCGAAUUUAUUUUAUUAAUGAAUUUUUAUUCAUAUGUAAUGUAUCCUGAUUAGUUCUAGAUUUAGUUCUCUGCAAUAGAGUGGAUCUUUUUUUAAGGCGGUAAUAAAAUCUUCGUUUAAGCAA